UCAUUGUAACUUGUCACGUGGGGAAAACAUUGUAAACACUUGUAAAUACUACGGAAAUAACCUCAAAAUAUUUAUAAUCAUUAUUAAUAUUAUAAUAUAUAUAAAACAGUGUUAUUAUAAUGAAGAAUAAAAAAAGAUCACCGCCAGUUUCCCUUGUUAGCUCAAGGAAAGUCUUGCGUAAACAAAAACGGCAGGAGAAGAAGAUACACAGAAAGGAGCACUACUUAAAGAAAUCUUUGCCUGAGACGACUAAAUAUGAACCAGGAAAGUUCGUCAAAAGGCCGAUAGAUGCCAUUGAUAUUGAAACUGAAGUAAAGAAGAAGAAGCCAAAGCUGCAACCAUCAGUCCAAGAUGUUCUUACCAGACAGAUACAGAAGGAAAAGAGUGAGACGGAGAAAUUGAAAUCACAAAUGGAGAAACAGAGAAAGAAGAUGCUAAUACAAGCCAACGAGGAUGAAGACAAAGUCAUAAAGAAACUGGAAAAACAGCUGGGCCUCAAUAAAACUAAGAAUAAGAACAAUUUCUUUUCUGAUGAUGGACUGGACUACGUCUUAGAAAUCUGUGACAGAGCUACGUCUGAGCAGAUAGUAGCUGCUGAGAAGCACCUCGCCAGCGUCCAAAACGAAUCAGACUUUGAGGAAGAUCUGGCCGUGGUCACUGGAAAGAAACCUAAGGAAACUAAAGAUGAUGAAGAAAAUGAUGAAAGUGAUGUUAAUGAAGAGAAAAGUGAUGAUGAACAAGACAGUGAUGACUUAUCAGGUAGCGAUGAUGAAGAUGAUAAUUCUGAAAUGUCAGAAGAUGGUGAACAGUCAGAUGAAGAAGAAAUUUCCGAGGAUGAACCGGAAGAAGUGCCUACUAAAUCACAGAAAUCACAAAACCCAAAAUUAAAAAAAGAGGGUAAAGAAGUAGAAAACAAAUUAAAUGGUAAAUCAACAAAAACAGAAAAACCUAGCAAGAAGGAAAGAGUUAUUUCUGAAAAUGAUUUACACAAUGUAUUUAGUGAAGAUGAAGUGUCACAUUUGUCUGGUGACGAUGAUUUGGACGGAUUCUCGGGUGAUGAAUAUGAUGAUGAUGAAACAAAACAGGAAUCAGAGGAGAGUAAAGAAAAACCUGAUGUUUGGGAGGAUAUUUACGGACGGAAGAGGGACAAAGAGGGCAAUAUUAUAAAGGAAGAGAAAGGCAUUUACAUACCACCACAUUUGAGGAACAAAGACACGACAUCAGAUAAGGAUAUGGUGCAACUUAAGAGACAGGUCAAAAGCGUGCUGAACAAGCUGACAGGCACAAACCUGCACUGGGCCUGCACCACAAUAGAGAGGCUAUAUUCGGAGAACAGCCGUCACUCAGUGAACACGGCGCUCACUCAGUUGUGGGUGGAGGCGACUGUGUGUCUGUCUGUAACUCCGGACCGGUUGGUGGCCGAACAUGCCGCGUUGGUUGAGGUCUUACAUGCCAACGUUGGGAAUGAAAUAGGGGCUCAUUUUCUCCAAGAACUGUCAAAGAAAUUCGAUGUAAUGAUGCUUCAUCCACAACCCCAAGAAGACAAGAGACUGGACAAUCUAGUGUCCUGUUUAGCUCACCUUUAUUGUUUCAAGAUAUACCACGCGUCUCUUCUGUACGACAUUCUCGACAGACUGCUAGAAGAACUGACGGAGAAGAAUAUAGAGUGUGUUGUGGUAGCGCUGAGAGUGGUGGGCGGGGUGCUGCGGAGGGAGGAGCCCCUCGCGCUGAAGGGCUUCAUACAGCGCACUCAGACCCGGGUGACGAAACUGAGCGAGGAAGCUGUUGCUGGAUCUCGAAUAAAGUUCCUUCUUGAAGUUCUGAUGGCCGUUAAGAACAACAACUUGACCAAAAUACCCAACUACGACCCGUCAUACGUGGAACAUUUGCGAAAACUCUCCCGCGGUAUCGUACGCCGGGGUAAUUACGUCACGCCCUUGAAUAUUAGAUUGGAAGACUUGUUGAAAGCGGACGAACGCGGAAAAUGGUGGGUAGUCGGUUCAGCGUGGGAGGGCAAUCAAGUGAGGCAGGAAGAGAAGAAUGUGAAGUUGCCGCCCACCACGGACCAGAAGUUGUUGGAAUUGGCGCGAAAACAAAGAAUGAAUACGGACGUCAGGAGGAGCAUAUUCUGUGUUAUUAUGGGUGCUGAGGAUUACAUGGACGCGUUCGAGAAACUUCAGCAUUUGGGCCUGAGAGGUCAGCAGGAGAGGGAAAUCAUUCACGUUUUAUUAGCGUGCUGUCUUCAAGAGAAAUCAUACAAUCCGUAUUACGCUGUGCUUGCGCAGAAACUGUGCGACACCGAUAGAAAAUACCAGCUAUCGCUACAGUUCUCUGUAUGGGACAAGAUCAAAGAGCUGGAGAAUCUGGACAAGCAGAACGCCACAAACCUGGCUAUGUUGCUCGUUCACCUCAUCAUGGGGAAAGGGUUACCUCUCUCUGUCCUGAAGGUAGUUCAGUUCUCAGACUUGAAUAAAACUAUUGUAAAGUUCAUGAGGCAGAUCCUUUUAGCUAUUAUAAUGAACGAGAAUCUAGAAUCUUCCUUAGAAGUCUUCUACAGGAUAUCCAAACCGCCGAAACUCCACAUGUUCAGAGAAAGCCUCAAAUUGUUCAUUCAACAUUUCUUGUUGAGAAACACUGGUAAAAAAACGGAAGUUUUAAGCGAAGAAGAAAUGGCAACACUGAAGGAAAGAGCCCUGGAGGUCGAUAAAAUAUUGACGAUGCACGAAUCUAAAUUAAGAUUUUAGUGUUUUUGUGUAUAGUUAUUAUAAAUAUAUUUUUA